AUGGUGAUGUACAGCCGGAGCAUUUUGAACAAAGCAGGGCAGUGUCGGAAAAGGCAGUGUGGGAAAAGACAGUGUGGGAAAAUUUGCCAAAUUUCUAUCCACAAAAUAGUGGUAGACUUGACUCCUGUAAGUGCUGAAGUGAACAACACAGUGUGGCUUUGGGAUUCAUCUCAGGAGCGAGCUCGCAGAUACGUCAAUGAACUAGAAGCCGACUUCACCCUCGUCAUGCUGAUGGACUACGUGGACGAGUCUUACGUUCUCCUCAAACGUCUGAUGUGUUGGGAACUGCAAGACGUCCUUUACAUCACGAAGAACAACCGAAGUUACUCGUUCAAGGACUACGUCCCAUCUGAAAAGGAGACUGCGAUGCUACGACGCUGGAAAGCCGUGGACUAUCUACUGCACGACACGUUCAACAAGUCCUUGUGGAGGAAGAUCGCAGCACAGGGCCCAGACUUCUUUGAAGAAGUGCAACAUUUUAAGGAAGUUAACAGCCGCGUCAACAUGUACUGUGCUAAAUUGAAGAAAGGGGGAUCCAACCUUACCGUGGAAGCGUCCAGGUGGAAUUCACAGUUUGAAGUGGACGCCGAGUUUUGCCGAGUACUAAAAUCUGUA